AUGGCUUUGAACAUCGAACCCCCAACUGGCAAUUUCCCUGCUUCUGGCGGCAAAGCGUCUCACGAGCUCAGCAAUGUCACUGAUACUCGCUUGGCUUUCAAGGUAAUUUUGUUUUAGUACUGUUUUUGGGUUAGGUACCGUUUUUUAUGCGUUUUUGGUAUGUUUUGUGCAAUUUAGGGAUAUACGACUUUUGUUGACAUAAUGGCCUAGGAAAGCGUACAUCGUACUGUUAUUCGUAAUUUGAUUUAACAUAUUGCUAAACUAAAAUUUUUUAGGUCAAGAGUUCGAACAAUGAACAUUACCGUGUAAAGCCGGUCUACGGUUUUAUUCCGCCAAAAGAAAAGACCAGCAUCGAGGUGAUCCGUUUGAAUGGUCCCCCAAAGGAAGACAAACUCGUGGUUCAGUGGGCUGAGGUACCAGCCGAGGAAGAUGACGCACAAGCUCCAUUCAAGGCCGGCGCUCAAGCUGGCGAAGUGAUUCUGCUCAUCAAGGCCGAAUGA